UAAUGUAUAGCUACGCCCCAAAGGCUGCUGGGUAAUUUUUGGGGUGAAAAAGGCACACGGUGAGAGGCGGACAGGUCUAAAUUCUCGUACAGUUAAAGUUUCACCGUUGAUUUCAGUCCAGACUCGUUUCCAACACACGAAACAAACGAUGCGUUUAAGGAACCACAGCAGACUCAGUAAAACGUAGUUUUGUCUACGAUCCUGCCCCGUGGAGAGCUGACCCGCGUGGGAUCGUCCUGUCAUGGAUGUCGGCGCUGUGAUGUCCUGCUUUUCCGGCCCCAUGUUCAGCCGCUACUGGCAGCACUACCAUCAGGCCAUGUCCUGGCACAGAAGGCACAGGCGUGCCUACCGAAAGGCGCUGGAGGCCGCCGGCGGUCCUCUGCGCUGGCAGCAGCGUCCUGACGGCGGGCGGCGCUACGCGGACUUGCGGGCCGAUGACGGCCAGGACGACAGAGAGGAGAGCGGCUCGGAGAUCGAGUGUGACGUCAGCAACAUGGAGAUCAGCGAGGAACUCCGGCAGUACUUUGCUGAGACGGAGCGACACCGAGAGGAGCUGAAGAAGCAGCAGCAGAUGGAGGCGGAGCAACAGGAUGGCUACGUGCCAGCGGAUCAGGACUUGCACGCCGUCUCCUGGAGACGCAGCGCCGCCCCUCCCUCCGAGCGCCCGGGUGAGAGGCGAGCGGCCGAGAUGAAGAAGCUCUACGGCAAAGACGCGCCCAAGAUCCUCGCCAUGGAGGCCGCCAUGCAGCUGACCUUUGACAGGAACUGUGACCUGAAGCAGCCCAGAUACUGGCCCGUCAUCCCGCUCAAGCUGUGAACCGGACUUCAGGCGGUUCCUCAGCACAUCUGUGUGUUUUAAUAGUUUCUGUGUGCUCCUCCCUGUUGUAGCAUGUUUCUGGUGUGUCCUCCUGCUUCUGUACAUCCUUCCGUGUUUUUGCUUUCUGAGCAUCUCUGUGCCUCCCUGCAUUUUUCUGGGUGUUGUCUUCCUGCGUGUCUCUGCGUACUCCUCCACGUUGGUUUUUGUGUCCUUACAUGUUUCUGCAUCUGUCCUCCUGUGUGUUUUUUGUGUGUUUGCGUGUUCCCGUGUGUUCUCUGCGCCGUACAGCAGAGGCGCCUCUGCUCCUCUGAGGUUUUCCUCGCUGCACGUCCGUUACUUUGGGGUUCAAAGCUUCUUUGCUUCCUUCAAACACUGCUCUGCUUUCAUGUUUUUCUCUUCCCGUUCAGAUGCUUUUUGUAUGAAUUCAGUUUAUAAUAAAGUGUCGAGUGUGGAAGCUC